CGCGGCGCGCGCGGAAAAGGUGGGCUCCCUGCGCGGGCGCAUGCGCGCUGCGGGCGCUGGUGCGGGACAGCUGGCGCCGGUCGCAGCCCCGGGGAUCGCAGGAGGCGGCCGCGGUGGCCCAGAGCUGGCUUCGCUGCAGCCGCAGCAGCUGCCGCCCCAGCGAGGAAGAAACGUUGACCGCCGAGGGACCCUUCCUCACUUUGGGAAAUGGCAGGCGACAUCACAGAGACCGGGGAGCUCUAUUCUCCCUACGUCGGACUGGUGUAUAUGUUCAACCUCAUCGUGGGCACCGGUGCGCUCACCAUGCCCAAGGCCUUUGCCACAGCCGGGUGGCUAGUCAGCCUGGUGCUGCUGGUAUUCCUGGGCUUCAUGAGCUUCGUGACGACUACCUUUGUGGUAGAGGCCAUGGGGGCGGCCAACGCUCAGCUCCGCUGGAAGAGGAUGGAAACCCGCCAGGAGGAGGAAGACGACGACUCCUCCUCGGCCUCCGACAGUGACGUUCUCGCCCAGGACACCUACGAGCGGGCAGAGAAGCGGCCCAUCCUGUCUGUGCAGAGACGCGGAUCAAACCUUUUCGAGAUCACAGACCGGGUGGAGAUGGGACAGAUGGCCUCCAUGUUCUUCAAUAAAGUGGGGGUCAAUCUGUUCUACUUCUGCAUCAUCAUCUACCUGUACGGGGACCUGGCCAUCUACGCCGCAGCCGUGCCCUUCUCCCUCAUGCAGGUGACCUGCAGCGCCCUAGGCAACGACUCGUGCGGCGUGGAGUCCGACACCAAGUACAAUGACACGGACCCGUGCUGGGGGCCCCUGCGCCGCGUGGACGCCUACCGCAUCUACCUGGCCAUCUUCACGCUCCUCCUCGGACCCUUCACCUUCUUUGACGUCCAGAAGACCAAAUACCUGCAGAUCCUCACGUCCCUGAUGAGAUGGAUCGCUUUUGCCAUCAUGAUCGUGCUGGCCCUGGUGCGCAUUGCGCACGGGCGCGGGGAGGGGCACCCGCCGCUGGCAGACCUCUCGGGCGUCCGGAACCUGCUGGGCGUGUGCGUCUACUCCUUCAUGUGCCAGCACUCCCUGCCGUCGCUCCUCACCCCCGUCUCCUCCAAGCGCCACCUCACGCGCCUGGUCUUCCUGGACUACGUGCUCAUCCUGGCGUUCUACGGGCUCCUCUCCUUCACCGCCAUCUUCUGCUUCCGUGGCGACAGCCUGCUGGACAUGUACACCCUCAACUUCGCGCGCUGCGACGUGGUGGGCCUGGCCGCCGUGCGCUUCUUCCUGGGCCUCUUCCCCGUCUUCACCAUCAGCACCAACUUCCCCAUCAUCGCCGUGACCCUCCGCAACAACUGGAAGACGCUCUUCCACCGCGAGGGGGGCACAUACCCCUGGGUGGUGGACCGCGUGGUGUUCCCCACCAUCACCCUGCUGCCCCCCGUGCUGGUGGCCUUCUGCACCCACGACCUGGAGUCCCUGGUGGGCAUCACGGGGGCCUACGCGGGCACGGGCAUCCAGUACGUCAUCCCGGCCUUCCUGGUGUACCUCUGCCGCAAGGACACCCAGCUGGCCUUCGGCUACGGGACCAUCAACAAGCACAGGUCCCCCUUUCGCCACACCUUCUGGGUUGGCUUUGUGCUGCUCUGGGCUUUCUCCUGCUUCUUCUUUGUCACCGCCAACAUCGUCCUCAGUGAGACCAAGCUCUGACGGCAGGACGUGUCUGGUGACGAGAGGGGUAGGAGCCCCCCACUGGCAGAGCCCAGAGCUUGUUGCCUCCCUGGGCGCAGCGGGGCGGGCAAGACCCAGGCUCUUGGAGAGGACCUCCUCCCCACCCAGGAUUCUACACAGCCUGCACCUCACCGAGGUCGCUCUCCUCCAGGUCCUCUUGCCUGGGGCUGCCCCCGACCAGCCGAGUCCCACAGCAGGGCCACACAGCUGCUCCGAGGUUCUAGUCUGGCUACUGGACUCGAGUCCUCUGCUUUGGAACGGUGGAAGCGCAGCGCUGGCACGCUGCCACUAUUUAUACCAGACACACGUCCCCCAGCCUCUCUCCCAGCCCCUCCUGCAUCUUUGGGAAAUCCGCUCCACCAGGCUAGGCCCAGAGCCCUCCUGUCCUCCCCACUGGGCCUGGCAGGGCUCACCUUUCUGCCAGGCCUGGAGGUGCCAAGCACCUCUCCUAAGGGAGUGCCAGGCCAGCCGGUGACAAGGACUGGAUGUGCUAAUUGGUCCCAGGGGCCCCAGACCAAAGCAGUGAGGGCCACGCGAAGGGCACCAACAUCUGUCCCGGGCUCCUGAGUCCACGAUGACUCUGGAGCAGCGGGCAGAAGCAGCCCUUUCCUCACAGACACAGCAGCCCACACAUCCCUGGAAGGGAUCCCUGGGCCUCCUGCAGUGCCAGGGUUGGGGGGGGGCACAGGCCAGCAUACAAGGGGCACUGGAGGGGAGUGGCCCCCGGCUGUCACCACUGUGGCUGGGAGCACCCCAGGCAUGUAGCCCAUGGUUCCCACCCUGUAAGAGAGGUCGGGCCUGCCCCCACUCCAUCACUAACAGGGGCUCCCUUUCAAGCCAGGCUGUGGGUACUACCCGAUGUCCAUGCUCUCCAUGUCCCUUGGGUGCCGUGGGGUGAGAUAGGGCCCCGCUCACCCUUCCCAUGGAAGGAGGGCCAGGUUCCCAGGCACCUCACCAGCUCCACGUGGUAACCCCCGCCCCCACAAUCAUGCAUGCACCUGCUGGGCCAGCCUCCCUGGGAGACACAGGUGACUCGAAUGAACUGCAUUUUCAACGUGCCUUCUUCUGCUUCAGGACCCGGGGGCUCCUCCUGGCCCUCCCUGGCGAGCCCCCGGCCCUGGGCCUAAUCCUCCUGUCCUGGGGCCCAGAGCAGUGGACAGGAGCAGCCUCUGGGGUGGGGUCCCUGCCCCUCCGUCCUUUGAUCUCAGUGCCUUGCUCGGCUCUCCAGGGAAUCCCGGCAGCCUGCUCUCCGCCCCCGCGCAUCUCAACUGUCUUCAAACUUUGGACAGAGCGUGGACGCCAGGUCUUCUGAGGCCCACGGGUGGUCUCGGGGAGGGGAACACGGGCUUUGCAAGAACACGGGGAGUCCGUGGGCGGUCCCAGCCCUCCCCGGGGGGAGCUCCCGGCCUGUGAGAGUCCAGUGUCUCAACCGGCCGCGACCUGCUUUCUCACUCUUGUCGCGCAUCUUCCGUCCUCACAGCUCGUCCAAUGUACUGUUCUCUUGCAUCCUCCUGGAAAGAUGCCCCUUCCCCUUUUGCCUCCCAGGAGGCCUUGCGGGGUGGGCGGGGCCGGGAUGUGUCCGCCCCCUUGGGCGGGGACCCUCUCUGGGGCUGCCCAGCUGUUUUGCUGAAAUGUCGAUUAAAACGUCUGUGCUUACCCUUCUCCAA